AUGCCACUCAACGACAGCAACCUCAUCACAGGAGGCCAAGGAUUGGACGACAUGUCUUUGGAUAGGAACUCACGCCUAGCCCUACCUGCAAUGACCACCGAAAAUGUGGAAGCAUACUUCUACUCAUUAGAUUUCUGGUUUCAAGCAUGCGGAGUUACUGCGGACUUAAACAAGUUUAACAUUGUUCUCGCAAAUGUACCACCGCUUAAGCUGCUAGAGUUACAGCCACUGAUCGAAGCUACUCCAGCUACCGCAAAGUACCAAUACAUUCGCGAGAAAUUUAUAGAACACUUCAACGGCAGCGUCCAAAGUCGCCUUCAGCGAGUACUCAAAGCGCAAGAGUUGGGCGACCGCAGACCCAGCGAACUUUUUUAUGAUUUAAAGCGCACGGCGGGUGCUGCACUUAGUGAUGCAAUUUUAGAAGGCCUCUGGAUUAGCAGACUUCCAUCGUUUAUGCAAGCGGCGAUAAUCGCUACUAGCGCAUCGACCACCCAGAAACUAAAAAUCGCCGAUUCAAUCUCCGAGGCAAAUGAAACACAAAAACAGCAUGGUUUUGAGGUUAGUGCGCUGCAGAACAUGCCUAAUGAAAUUUCUAACCUGAAAACCGACAUUGCCGCCUUGAACAAACGUUUCGAUGCGUUUUUAGAGCCAACAAAUAGCGACCAUCGUAAGAAUGUUCGCCGCAACUCACGCUCCGCGUCUGGAGUAGCUAGCUCUAAUAGUUUUUGCUGGUAUCAUACCAAAUUCGGCGCAAGGGCGACCAGGUGCAGGGAACCAUGUACAUUCACGCAGUCGCACGCGGUGACCGUCACUGAAUAG